AUGAAAGCUGUCUCGUUGAACAACUUGGGCUGCUUCUACAAGAGCAGGAGGAAGUGGCAUUCAGCGUUGAGGUACCUGGAGCAGGCUCUUCGAUUGGAACUCAUGCUGGACUCUUCGCCCGGACCUGCUGGAACAAUGAUGUCUGUCGGUCUCGAGGAGGAGCAGGAGGAGGAGGAGGAGGAGGCAGCGGUGAUCCGCCUGGCGGCACUCUACAAUGCUGGCGCUCAGUACGAGGCGAUGGAGCAGCUGGAGGAGGCGAGCAGGAUGUACGAACAGGCUUUCGAAGUGUCCAAGAAGCUCUGGGGAGAGCAUCAUGCGAAGAGUCGAGCGAUGAGAUGCGCUGCUGAUGAAAAGACUUUACUGCAAGGUCGGGAGGAGCUGGAGGAGGCGAAGGCGAAGGCGCGAGAGGAGAGAGAGAGGAGAGGAGAGGAGGCGGAGGAAGAGGACGGCAGAACCGAGGAGCUGUUGGAGAUCACGCUGUGGGUGAGAACAAGCCUCGACAAGGAGCGAGAGGAAGCAGAGGAAGCUGCAGCUCGAGCCGAGAAGGAGAGGAUGGAGAUGGAGGCGGCAGAGGCAGUGUGGGAGAAGGAGAGGAGAGAGGCGGAGGAGGCAGAAAAAGCAGCAGAAAAAGAACGGGCGGCAGUAGAGGAGAAGGAGAAGAUGCUGCUCAAGGAAGAGGAGGAAGCGAUCGCCGCGGAGGAGGAGGUGCAGUCGCUGCUGGAGGAGGAGGAGAGGAGGAGAGCGAAAGCUGCAGGGAUGCGAAAGAAGUCGGAAGAGCUCAUUGCAGAGCUGACGCAAAGAAACCAAGGAGAGCGAGAGAAGGAGGACGAGGAGGAAGCUUGGAGGAAGUAUGACGAGGCUCUGGAGGAGCUGCGAGCUGCUGAAGCUGAGGAGGCGGAAGCAGAAGGGAGGAGGAGGCAGGCGGAGGAAGUGGCGAGGAGGGAGAGAGAAGAAGCGGAGGCAGCGAGGCAGGAAGCUGAGCAGCAGCGUGUCAAGGCGGAGGAGGCGGAGAGAGUGGCAGAGAAGGAGCGUGCGGAGAUGCAGGAGGCGGAGGAGGAACUGGCGCGAGAGCGGAGGGAGUUUGAAGCAGCCAAGGAGGAGGCGAUGAGAGAGCAGCGCGAGUACGAGCAAGUGCUGGAGCAGCAGCAGCAGCAGGCACAUCCUCUCGAAGCUGCGCAGGCUGCGAGGGAGGAGGGGAUGGCCACGCGGAUCAGAGCAGCGGCUCGUCGCCUCCUCGCGUUCUCCUCCGCCUCUACCGUCAUCGCCUUGAGCUCCAUCGGCUCGCGCCUCCCCGUCGCUCCUCUCCUUCUCCAGGCCCCCGACGUUCCCGUCCUCCACGACGACGGCAGCUCCUCCUUGCUGCACGUCCUCGUCCUCCCCGCAGUCGAAGAGACAAUGAGUGCGGCAGUGAAGCGAAUUCGAGCGAAGGAGGAAGGAGGAGAAAGGGAGGAGGAGAGUGAGCAGGGCACGAGGAAACAGCAGGAGCAACUUACAGAUCUCAUCCUUGUCGUCGCGUCCUCCCUCGAAUUCCUGCAUGACCACAAGAUCGUGCUCGGACGGGUGCAGGCGGACAGCUGGGGAUUCAGUCAGGGGCGAUGGCUUCUCUUCGACCUCGAUGUGGCGCACAAGGAAGGAGAGCUGCUCGAUCAUCGAGCCUGGGACCUGCUGGACUAUCGAGUUCCUGAGCUGCAGGAGGCACGAGAGAGGAAGGAGCUUCACAGGUUGUGCGCGCAUCCCUCGCAAGACGUGUUCCUCGCCGGAGCUCUCUUCUACGAGUUUCUCUUUGCUCGCUCCAUCCCAGAGGGUGUCGAGGACGCGGGGGCGGGGGCGGGGGUCUGUGACGCCAUCAUGAGCUACAUACUGAGCAACUGCCUGACAAGAACGGCAGCUGAUCGCUUCUCCAGCAAAGAUAUCCUCAAGGCCCUCGAGCUACGAGCCUCAGCCUCAUGA